GCCCCCGCCCCCGGCAUGACCUCGGGCAGCGGCAGCGCUGCCUCCACCGUCGCCGGCGCCGCCCCGCACAAUGGUGAGAACAAACCGCCGCAGGCCGUGGUGAAGCCGCAGAUCCUCACGCACGUGAUCGAGGGCUUCGUCAUCCAGGAGGGCGCCGAGCCCUUCCCGGUGGGCCGCUCCUCGCUGCUGGUGGGGGGCCUGAAGCCGCAGUAUGCACAGGAGCUGCUGGCAGAGCGCGCCCCGCAGCACGACAACACCACAACCACCGACUCUGAGAUGGAGGAGCCCUACCUGCAAGUGUCCAAAGAGGAGGGGGCUCCCCCGAAGCUGAAGUGUGAGCUGUGCGGCCGCGUCGACUUCGCCUACAAGUUCAAGCGCUCCAAGCGUUUCUGCUCCAUGGCAUGUGCCAAGAGGUACAACGUGGGUUGCACGAAGCGCGUGGGGCUGUUCCACCCCGACCGCAACAAGCUGCAGAAGCCGGGAGGGCCCCCCCACAGCCGCCGCCGCACCUGCAAAAUGCCCACGCUCAGCAAGGACACCAAGAAGCAGACGCCGGUGUCCCUCCCGCCGGGCUCGGGGCCGCUCUCGGUGACGGCGUCGCUGCAGCUCAACCACAGCCAGGAGGACUCGAGCCGCUGCUCGGACAACUCAAGCUACGAGGAGCCGCUGUCGCCCAUCUCGGCCAGCUCGUCCACCUCCCGCCGGCGCCAGGCUGAGCGUGACCUGGAGCUGCACGACAUGGAGCUGCGUGACAUGGAGCUGCCCGAUAUGCACGUGCGGGAGCUGGCGGGCAUCGGGCACCGCUUCCUGCCCAGCGAGCCCAGCAAGUGGAACGUGGAGGAUGUCUACGAGUUCAUCCGCUCACUGCCGGGCUGCCAGGAGAUCGCAGAGGAGUUCCGUGCCCAGGAGAUUGAUGGGCAGGCGCUGCUGCUGCUGAAGGAGGAUCACCUGAUGAGCACCAUGAACAUCAAACUGGGGCCAGCCCUCAAGAUCUACGCCCGUAUCAGCAUGCUCAAGGACUCCUAGAGCCGCACCGUCGGCUCGCAUGGACGCUCCCACCGGGUGUGGAGGGGGGGGACAGACCCAAGCCCCCCUCUCAACCCUGCCUGUCCUGGUUGGGGGGGGGGGGGGAACCUAUCACUGAGCACAAACAGCCCCGGGGCAGCCCCCCCUCGGCUGCAGGGUGUGUACAUAUAACCCGUAGCGAUAGUGGCCCCACUGUGGCAGGGAGCCCCCCCGGCACGGCGGGGCACAGCAGGAUGGUUGCCUUAAUGCGUGGCCCCGCAGGGGCCCGGCUGCCCACCCUGGGGUGGGGGGAGGGUGUGGGGGUGCCUACAGAGAUGGCACUGCCCCCAGCAGGGCUGCUCCAGGGGCACCUCAGUAAAGGAUGGAGGUGGUGGGGGCUUGAUACCCCCAGCAGGUAAGGACCCCCCCCCUCAGCCCCCCCCGCUACCGUCAGCCGCCACGGUCUUUCUAAAAAAAGUAGAAAAAAAUAAAAAAAAAAAAAAAAAAAAAGGAAAAAAACACAGAAACCACAACCCUUUUUUUCCCCUGUUUUUGUUUCUA